CUUCAUUGUUGCGUAGCGAAUAUAAUAUUUUAGUAAAUAAACAAACUCAUACAAUAUUUAUAUUCGAUAUCACUGAGCUUUUAAAGAAUGGCUGCACAAAAGAAACCUAGACGAAAAAGUAUCCAACACAGCGAUCCAGGGAAGAUUUUAGAUUUGGUGAUGAGUUUAACCGACGAUACUUGUGCCCAACUACAAAUGCGGCUGAAUACCUAUCUAGUUGAAGAGUGUGAAGCCGAUCUAGUCUUCCAGGUGAUAGUGCACCGUGACCGCAAGGAAGCGUACAUAGAAGUAGUUGGCAAUAUUGCUUUGCCACGGAAAAUGAAAAUAAACUUAUCUCCUAAACUUAACGAGACUUUGAAGUCAAGUCUGGAUCAUUCUGAUCUCUUAUGCAACUUUGAAGAGGAUUUCCAGUCCAUCAUCACACCACAUAUAGCCAAAGACAACACAAGGAAGCGUGUGAUAAUGUUCUCUGUGGUGGACAACCCGUUUUCAGACAUCUUCUGUGUGAUAGGACCCAGGGUACCGGAGGGCAAUGUCCCGAUCAUCAUUCAUGAAUGCGGAUUAUUCACCUGGCCCACGUUAAAGAAGACGAUAGCUUUCGAAUAUGAAUGUACCCUGAAAGUAAAGUGCCAGCAACUUUUGCGGGUUGCUAAACGACUAUUUACUCAGGUGGCAUCGCUAGAGACCUUGCUACAAAUCGCAAUGGAGCAAGCCAAGUUGUUGACCAAAGCCGAGUACUGCUCAGUUAUGCUCAUCGAUGUCGAGAAAAUGGAACUGUAUGACUCCUGCCCACUAUUUCAGGAUGACUCGCAUGAACGCCGUUUCCCCUUAGGUGUUGGAAUAGCAGGAGAAGUGGUCAGGACCGGGUCACUCAUCAACACUCGAUCAGCCAAAGACCACCCGUCUUUUAACCCUAGUAUUGACAGCUUACCAAAUAUCAAUUGCAGAAACCUGCUAUGCUUCCCGAUUCGGGAGCAAUCCGGUAUCAUUGGAGUCGGGCAACUGAUCAACAAGAUCAACGACCCUUACUUUGACGGUAUGGACGAGGAGAUGGCCCUCGCGUUCAGCAUCUACUGUGGCGUCUGCAUCAUUCAUUCCGUUGUCUACCAGAAGAUACAGGAGGCUCAUAUCAGGAAUGCUUUAGCUAAUGAGCUGGUUAUGUAUCAUAUGAAGGUGAGUGAUUCAGAAGUGACUCGCAUGCUGUCCUGCACUGGUUACCACAACCACCCUCACCUCAGCAGCCUGCACUUCAACCCUCGAGCGCUGCCGCUGCGGGAACUGCCUUGCUAUGUCAUGAAGAUGUUCGCCGACCUUGGAUAUGAUAAGAGGUUCAAUAUAAAACCAAACAAGAUGGCGCGCUUUAUCCUAUACGUGAAGAAAGGAUAUCGUGACGUGCCAUACCACAGCUGGCUGCACUCGUUCAACGUCGGCCAGUGGGCAUAUGCUGCACUCGUCAACUAUAAGCUGGUGGCUCAGGGAUUCUUUAAUGACUUGCAAGCACUGAUGUUCGUGCUGGCGGGCCUCAUGCACGACAUAGACCAUCGUGGCACUACCAACAGCUUCCAGAUUAACGGACAGACGAACCUAGCAGCCCUAUACUCGAGCGAGGGCAGCGUGAUGGAGCGUCACCACCUGGCUCAGGCUAUGUGUAUACUCAACACGGAGGGAUGUGACAUCCUCGAGUCGCUCCCUCGAAGGGAUUACGAUAGAGCUAUCAUGAUGCUGAGGGAUAAUAUCCUGGCUACAGACUUGGCUAAUUAUUUUAAGAACUUUAACGAAUACAAGGUGAUCUCCAUGGACUACCAGAAGGGCAACCGGUUGCACUUCUCAGCUCUGCAGUGUCUGCUGAUGAACGCUGCAGACUUGAGCGAUCAGCUGAAAGACUGGGGAAGUGUGAAGAAGACUGCUACUGCAGUGCUAACGGAGUUCUUCAAGCAAGGCGAGUUGGAGAAGAUGCGAGGAGACAACCCACCUCUCAUCAUGGACCGAGACAAAUGCUUCAUUCCUGAUCUGGAGAUACAGUUCCUGCAGAGCGUCUGCUUACCACUUUAUGAUCUGUUGGGUAGGAUAAUACCGAAAGCUGCGCCUUGUACGAAAAUCAUAGAGAAUCACAUUGAACGGUGGGAUGCAUCGAAACCUGUGUUUGCAGAGGUACCAAUCACAGCAGGCCUAUCGGUUCUUCUAAGCCCUGAGCUAGACAACCUCAUUGAGCUCAACCUUAAAGAAAAAGAAAGGAAGGAAAAAGAGCGAAUGGAAAACCCGGGUGACUCGCAAACGUCAGUGGCCGACAAUGACAAGUGAAUAUCACCCGCCUUUUUAGUCUAUGGGUCGAAUUUUCAAUUAUCGAAUAACUUUUAUCUAUUGGCGAUGCAAAAACGCAAAAAUUAUUAGUGUACUAAUCUAUCAUUUUUUAAAUAUCUAAAGUAAGCGUCCACAGGCACACAUCGCAAGUAUCGGACGCAUCGCACGUAACGGAUUUUACCUUGCCAUGUAUAAGAAUUCAUACAACGGCGUCCAUUGAUCCGCAUAGUAUCAUGGACGACUCAGAUACAUAGCUAUGCUAUAAUGCGAUACGUCCGAUACGUGCGAUGCAGGCCUGUGGCCGCUUCUUACCUUAAAACUACAGAGAGUGAUCUUCAUUUAUGAGCAAUUUUUCAUUAAAGUUCUUGAGUUAUUUGAUAAUUGGAAAUUCGGCCCUAUGGUAUUUGGUCUCUUUGAUAGAAUAAUUUUAUGGAGUUGAAAUACAUCAAAAUUGCAUGUGUAUGUAGGUCAAUUAAUUUAAAUUAGUUGAAUAUAACUAUGUGCGUGUUUGUAUGUAUUGAUAUUGGAAGGAAUGCCAGAAUGGUUUAGAUUAUCUUUUUGAUAAAUGUUUAAUAUGAUAAAAUUGUUUAAUAAAUAAUGUAGAUAAAUGUCUCGUGUUUGUCUGUCUGUUUUUGUUAGAAUUGCCUUAGCAAUGUUUUGAAAGUUACAAUUUUUACAAAAUUGUUAAUUGCUAUUUGUCUAUAAUAAAAUAAAUACAAUUAACUAUGCGUACAUUAUUUAUUAACGUUUUAAAACAAUAGUAUUAUUAAAGUAAUAAUUUUAAAUGCGGGUUACACCUUAUCAACAGGAACAAUUUUACAUUAAAAAUGAACCUAGUUAUCACAAUCAGUGUUUUUUGAAUAAAAUCACUCAAUAUAAUUGCUUGCAACAUUCACUUUUUGUGUGGCCAGCCUAA